AAUGGUAUAUUAUAUACCACAUUUUGUAUGACCAGACCAGUAACUUUAACAUUACCAUUCUAUAUUUCAGUGAGGAAUAUGGGAGGUCAUAAGAUGGUGAAGGGGCCAUCCAAGUUUCAAAAAUAUCAAUUAAAAGAUGACCUUUAUUAUUUCCUAGGGCUAGGAAUAAUUCCAGCUGGCUUGUUUAUCACAUAUCUUAAUGUUACACAAGGUCCUGCGCAGUUGGUAGACACACCUGAGGGUUAUGUUCCAGAACCACACGAGUACCACAGACUGCCACUGACAAGGUUACUGGCUAAAUAUGGAGUUGAACCUAUUGAGAAGAAACAUGAAAGAACUUUAUACUAUCUUCAUAAAGCAGAUGAAAAAAGAAAAUCUACUAUACUGCAAAUGGAGGUAAGAUGUCUUCAAAAAGAGAAACCUGAAAAUAAAGGAUGGUAUUAUGUACCAACACAAGGUCAGUUUAAAGAAAGGGAAGACAUGUACGGAAGUCAGGAGAUGGUGAAGGCUAGAGAAUUAGGGAAAUAACUUGUUACUAAGAUAUGUCGUACAGGAUUAUUAUGAAACAAAGCCACUUAUUAUUUAAAUGCAUUGCUUUUGAACAUUUAAUGUGGUAAAUUGACAAAAUUUUCUCUUCACAGUUUUGGACAUAAUAUAGAUAUAUGAGGAUUUUCAAAUAAACUUUCAGUAACCUGAAUUAAAGAAGAAUUGAAGAAUAAAGUGUUAGAUAAUGUAUGAAACAUAUUGUUUUGCAUCAAAUUUUGUGAAUAAACAUUGAGCAAAUAUU